CCACACACUAUCCAUCAUAAAGCACGGCUAGCAAGUUACAUAACGGCCUUACGAACCCACCUGUGCGCCCUCACCCACUUCACUCAUCCGUUUUCAUUUCCUCACAUUACAUCACACGAUGGGCAUAAUAGGAGCAAAAAACAUACAACAGCAGCUGAGCGGACGGGAAGCUCUGUUAUCUCCUCUUCACAUUACCAUUUACUUAUGUACUUCAAUGGGGAACCGUAUUCGAACAGACUACGCCUUUUUAUUUCCUAUUAUUGAAAGGGUAUUAUUAUCACGUGCAUAA